UCCUCCUCAUCUCGAUCUCCAUGAUCGGAUUGUAUGCCCAUGUAAAUGCGUCAAAAGACCAUUUUGAUGACGUUAUUAACGCCUCUCCGCCUCUUGAAGAGCCUCAAGAACCACCAUUAAGAGGGACUCUUUAUCUGCUUUUUUUAACGCUGGUUUUAGGGGGUCUACAGCUUACAUGGUCUAUUGAAUUGGGAUAUGGAACGCCGUAUCUUCUUUCAUUAGGAUUAACUAAGCAUUAUACAUCAUUUGUAUGGAUUGCGGCACCAUUAACAGGAAUAAUUAUACAGCCUCUUAUUGGGUUCUUUUCAGACCGUUCAAGGAGUAAAUUUGGUAGACGAAGGCCAUUUCUUGUAGUAGGGACGCUAUGCGUUGUUAUUAGUUUAAUAGGAUUGGCCUAUUUUAAAGAUAUAGCAUUUUUCUUUUUUUCAGGGCAUGAAAAGGUGGCGAAAAAUAUGACGAUUAUUGUAUCUAUUAUUAUUGUUUAUCUUCUUGAUUUUUCUAUUAAUAUUGUUCAAGCAAGUAGUCGAGCAUUAAUUAUUGAUAUGGUUCCUAUGGUUCAACAAGAUUUGGCAAAUGCAUGGGCAAGUCGUAUGAUUGGAAUUUUUAAUGUAGUUGGAUAUUUAAAUGGAUAUUUAAAUUUACCAAAGAUUGCGCCAGCAUUAGGAAAUACGGAAUUUAAAGCACUUAGUGUUAUUGGAUCAAUUGUAUUAAUUGUAUGUAUGGCGGUUACAUUUUUUGUAGCAAAGGAAAAACGUUAUUUUAUGGAAAGAGAUUCAGAAUUUGAAAAGAUACCAUGGUGGAAGAGUUUAUUUAAUUUUUUUAAAACGAUUUUUUCUACUAUUAUAACACUUCCUUCAGAAAUCCUUUGGAUAUGUAUAAUUCAAUUUUUUGCAUGGAUUGGAUGGUUUCCGAUUCUUUUUUAUGGGACAACAUAUGUAGCUGAAAUAUACGCUGAAAAAUAUUGUAAUAAAUAUUUAAAAUAUCCAGAUCAUUUAUAUACUAAAGAGAAAGAAUAUUUAUUAAUAGAAGAAGCAACUCGAUAUGGAUCUUUUGCUUUUUUGCUUUUUUCUAUUAUUUCUUUAUUCGGAACAUUUUUCUUUCCUUUAUUUGUUUCUGGAAAAAAACUAUUCAAAUAUAUCUUCAGAUUAAAAUUUUAUAACAUUUUACAAAAUAUAAACAUUCAGUUUUUAUGGACUUUUGGUCAUUUUAUUUUUACUUUAUGCAUGCUUUCAACCAUACUAGUAAAAUCAAUCACUCAGGCAACCAUUAUUAUAGCUUUAUGUGGACUUAGCUGGGCAAUCACUCUUUGGGCUCCUUUUUCACUCAUUGCUAUUCAACUUUCUUCUAAUAAUCAAUUACAUCGAUCCGGAACAAUUCUUGGUGUUCACAAUAUAUUCAUCACCGUUCCACAAGUAUUAAGCAUCAUCAUGGUUGGUAUUAUAUUUAAAUUAACUGGCUACAAAAAAUUCGAAGAUAUUAUAAAAUGUAAUGAUAACAUGGACUAUAGUUUUAUUUGGAUCUUUCAAAUCAGCGGCAUUUCUGCGCUAAUUGCUAUGUAUCUCUCUUUUAAAAUCUAUACUAAUGAUCCCUCUUAUGAACGCAAUAAGAUUUAAUAUUUCUUUACUUCAAUUCAUUCAAUCCUCU